AUGACAGAUCCGUGGCGAAAGGGUGUCACAGGAACGUCUGAGGCGAGACAGCAAGAAGCAACAUGCGCCGAGCCUGAGGACGAAGAGGGCCGUCUCCUUCGUCUGGCCUGGGCGUCCUUACGGAGUCUGCGCGACGGCGGGAGAGUUGAUCCUUCGUGCCACACAUGCAGAGGAAUUCGACGGCAACCAAUUGGUGAGACCGGCCGUCGCGAAGAAGAUCAAACACCGGACGACUCUGGAGACCGUCCAAGCAGCUCUCAUGCGGGUACAUCGCGUCUGUUCUGUUGUCCAGGCUUCUGCCUUCCAAAGGCAUUUGCCACGUCCUCUUUGCAGAAUGGAAAGAAGAAGAGGGAAGAAGAACAUGGACAGGAGAAUCGUCUCCUGAAAAGACAGUGCCGAUGCGCGGUGUCGCUGCGGUUCUCUCCGGGAGCCGCUUCGCCCCAAGUGAAGCCGAAUGCCGGAGACGACUGCAUGUGUUUCCGCUCGUAUUUCUCACCUCAUCUUCUUUCUCUCUCCUCUGUCUCAUCUGCGCCACCUCUACAAUCAGUGCGACGGAGCACACGAGAGCCGGCGAUUGCUGUAGGGACCGCUUCCGAGUCUCCUCGUGGUGACUGCUCGUUCUCUCGCUCUCUCCGCUGGAGAGGGCAGCAUGCUGUCAAGGACGCAACUUUCUCACGCUCCGCGCACCUGGGUUCUCCCGCUGGUUCACCUCUCCUCAGUAUACUAGCCUCUCCUAUUGUCCCCAGGCGCGCUUUCUCCGAUGAGCUGUCUCCUGCUUUCUCCUACGACAGAGACGCAGAAGCUCUUCUCCCGUCUCCUCCCAUCUUCUCAACGAUGGCUUGCUUCGGAGCGGCGCCUUGUGACGGCCUCGACGAGACAGCUGAUGUGCGCCCCAGGCCUGCGUCGGGGUCCUCGUUGCGGCGGGAGUGUCCAGACACCUCACGCCCUCCCACGGCAUCACCCCGACGCGGUUUUCCUGCGACUUCACCCUCAACACGUUUUUGCCCUGUUCAGCGUCUACGUGAAUCUCCUUCAGCUUCUUGGUUCGGACGGCGUUUACAGUCCCGUGGCCCCUCCCGAGACGCCCGCCUCUCUUCUGAGAAGUUGAGUUUCUCACCAGCGGCGUCUCCAGUCUCUCCUGUGUCGCACCCAGCUUCCAGUCCAGCGGUCGGCAACCCGUCAGGUGUCUGUUCACCUCUCCAGCCGUCUCCGCGUCUGCCGCCCGCCGCAGCGUCAGGAGCCGUUUCCCCUGAGGAAGGCCAACGCACUGAUGUUGAUUUGAGGAACCGAGUGCCGUCGACUUCAGACGAGUGUAAAAUGUCUCAAAAACACGAUCGCCCUUGGCCCGGAGUCUCGUCUUCUGAUUCUCCACAUCCUUCUUCAUCUUUCGCUCCGUCUUCCUCUUCAUCGUCGGCUUCUUCGUCUGCUCUCGCAGGUUUUUGUCAAGAGCCAGCGUCGGGUGUGCACCCGCUGCGGCAAGCUCGGACGCGAGACCUGCCCCAUACUUCAUCAAAACCCCCUCGACGUGCUUCACCAGAUCUCUCUCGACAACGACGUCUUGCCCAGCAUCGAACUGCCUCUUCUUCUCAGACCGCGUCUCGCUCUGUUUCCCCUCCCUCUUGCCCCUCUCUUUGUUCUUCUCCUUCUUCUUCGAUUUCGCCUUCUUCGGAGUCUCCUUCAUGUGCGUCGCCUGCUUCCGCGCUGCUGAGAGAAGAGCGACGCGCGCUGGAGAAGGCGGCACUGCGUUGCUGCUUGCCUCUAAGCCACCGGAGGUCAGAUCAAGUUGUGGGCAUCGGGGAGACACGCGAGGAGAGGAGCGAACAGGCAGAGGCAGACGGCGUUCUGAAGGCGUUGAAGCAUCUCCUUCGUCUCCUCUUUUUCCGGCACACGGUGUUGAAGCAUCGUGACGCAGGUCUCGUCCCCGCCGGCCCAAGGACGCCCUCCGGAAUCCUCGCUGCGGUCCACCACGUGGCUGAUUCUCUUCAGCUCCACGCGUUGAAACCCGCCCAGGAGGACGUUCGUACGGCCCUUCGUCUUCUUCUUGUUAUUCACCGCCUCUCUCUUCAGCUUCCGACCGAAGUUUUGAAUGCGCCGCAGUCCCCUCUGGAGCGCCUGCCGCUGCUGCUGCUCCAGCGUCUCAACGAAUGCCGAGAUCAACCUGAGAAACCGGGAAAGGGGGGACACCGGAAGGAGAGAAGGCGACGCGGCUCGGUUGAGAGCGGCUGCAGAGAUUCGCCUGUCAACUCAAGCCGUCUCCGCCUCGUCGCAGGCUAUGCCGGGUGGUUGGAGCAGAAGCUCUUUGUUGUAAGAGACCUGGACCUCUUCUUUUCUGGCAAUUGGUCUCUGGAAAGUUUCUUGAAGGCGAACUGCCUGGAGAGUCUUUCGGCGUUGGCAGCCGCUGCCGGCGAUGAAGACGCUGGGGUCGAGGUGCACAUUUCGCCUGUGUCGGUUGACAUUUUGGAAAGACUGCUUCGGUCUGUUCUCCUCCCGGCUUUAACGCUCUGCCGGGGGUUCAUCGGUCAGGCUGAGACGCCUGUGUUCCCCGUUUGCGCGGCGCUCUUGUGUCACCUGGCAGACGACGUGUGGGGGGCGUUCUCGGUUUGUCUGCAUCUGUAUUCUCUUCUUCUUUCGCGAGUGGAAGGGUGCCGUACGCGGCGAAGACGGCCCCCAGCACCUGCUCCCCAGUCACUCGGAGGCGACGGGGAAGACCCGCAGAGACUCACGCAUGCAGGCGAGAAAGCUCGCCAGAGGUCUGCGGCCAGUACCCAGCUCAGUCGGCGCCUCGCCAGUCUCCGGCCUGGUCUCGUCGAGGCUGUGCGCAGGGUAAAGGAGGUGGCAGAUUGGUGCGACGCCUUGUCGAGUCACGUCGACCUUCUCUCGCGUCUCCGGCAGCCGACGGCGUGUCUGUUGUCGGUGCUCGGAGACCUGCUGCAUGUUCCCCCGUCUUCGUUCUCGUUCUCCUCCUGUCUUCGUGUCGGCAUCCAUCCCAGUGGAUCUAAUUCCUUUCUGAUUCUCCGCAACGACCACGCGCGUCUCCUCGCCCACCUUCCGCUCCCUGCGCCGUCUCUUGAACACCUCGCUGAGGCGCCACCGUGGCGUCAGCGACGUCCUUCCGCCUCAUCGCCGGCCUUAGCUUGUUUGUCCUUUUCGUGUUCCUCGUGUUCUUCUUCUUCUUGUUUCGACUCUUGGUCGGCGUUUCUGGGGGGCGACACUUUUUUCCAGUUCUACUCGCUAGCUGCAGUCCCAACCCCGGGCGACCACCGAGGCGGGCUGCGGCCCAGGUCGGGCGUGAGUGGGGUUCGGGCGCGUGGCCCAACUAACCAGGAGCAAGAGGGUCUCUCGCCAUCGCGAUCGUCUUCUCCAUGUUUUCCUCCUUCCGGAAUGUCACCUCCAACACAUGCAGGAUCGUCAGGGGAGAGCAGGCGGACGAGGGAAUACAGGAACGACGGGAGGGAACGGCUGAGUCCAAACGCUGAUGUUUCGCACGGGAGAGAAAGCGAACAUCGUGAACGGAGUUGCCACCAGGGAGACAAUCUGAGUCGGGAGCUGCGUGUGCCGCCUGCCUCUCUUGCAUCUCGGCCUCGGGCAUCUUCCUGUCGCACCGAAAGAACGGGGAAAGGCUCGUCUGCGUCCGAACCCGGCAUUGACGCAACUGGCUCAGAAUGGGUCCACCCGGAGGGCAACCGGAUCCCUUCGGAGGGGAAGGAGUAUGAGGGGAAGGACUUGCAUGCGAAUUUGUAUCGUCUGGCGCCGCCGGAGUACGACGAAGAACAACAGCGUAGGAAGCACAGAUCCGCUUCUCGCGGGCGCCGAGAGUCUGGUUCUUCGACCGUGCGAAACUCGAAGCCGCGUGAUGCUGGCUUUUCUUUUCUUGGAAGCGAAGCAAAGACCACGCGAGACGAGGGACGUAUGCACCCAAAUAUAAAUGUGCACAAUCAGCCUCGACGACCCCCGCAGCAGGAGCUUUUCCCUGGCACUCGAACUCAGAAGAAGGACGAAGCCCUCACUCCUCUUGACGGGGCCAGCGGCGGUGUGGCCGCUUCGUUCGGCGCUCCCUCAGGCUCCAAGCAAGCGACCCUUGUCGGGGAGAAUCCCUUCUCUCCAGAGUCGGCGGAUAACUUCUUCCCAUCUGCUGAGCCGUUCUUCCCCUCCUCUGCAGAGGCGGUUCCGUAUUCCGUUUUCGCCAAGGUAGGCGUCACUCGGAGUGUAUCCAGAGAUGACAGAGAAGAGACGCUCAGCGGAGACUGCAAAUCGCCUCGCCCACACCAGGGCCCGUGGGGCGCGUCCGCGCCCGACCAGACAGAGCGGCAAACAGAGACCGUGGACACACUACCAAACUGGCCAGAAGACGUGGUGCUGCGUGGGCGAGACAGAGUCGGGCAAAGCCAGGAGAAGCAUUUCUUCUCGGGAUCGGGAAAGCAAAGGUCCGUAGAUGAACUGUCAGAGGAGCAGGAGGAAGGCGCACCGUCGGCGGCUGUCGCGUCGUUCGAAGAAAUCCUGCUUUCAUUUACAAAGAAAGGCCAGCGCAGGGACGGGAGCCGCGAUCCCGACUCGAGCUUCCGGGACUGCUCCACCCCACCUGCGACGUCCUCGCGCCGGAGACAAAACGGCGCUUUGCCAGGCCCCCCGAUGUGGCAAGGCGACUUCGUCCGUCAGCGAGAAAACAGCGAGAGUCGAGUUCACCACGGUGUGUCUCGGACCUCCUCCAUGUCGGGGAAACGAGGCACUCACCGGCGAGGGCCAGACGACACCUCUACCUCACACGAUUGGCGUGAUUCCGGCGACGUCAGACAGAACGAGACAGUCGCGUCAAGAGGACUGGUGAAGCGGGAGGCUUCAAAUUCGCCUUACCCGUUUCCUGGCAUCCCUCCGCCCCCUUUUUUUCCCGAACCGCCAGCCGAAGAUAGAUGGGAUCGGUCGGGCAGCGACUUGCUUCGCGGCUCUCGAGCAUUCUCUCCGGACCUUUGGGAGAGACAAGAUUCAUCGUGUUUGCCGCGUUCGAACCCACACGAAAUCGGGGGGGAGCGACGCACCCCGAGCCAACGAAGCGGGCGAGUUGCGCAUUCAUUCGCUCACGAUCCGUCACCUGAAACUCCUCUUUUCCAGCCCGCUUCAUCUGAUUUGUCUGCGCCACCUGCAUACGAAGAACGAGGAGCCGGUCUUGAAACCAAGGGUAGGGAUCUUGCCUGUCAACCUCACCACGGGUAUGAUGAGGCUGGGCCUCUCAGCGCUUCCCAGUUCUCUUCCAGAGGAGCUUCCGGAGGCAAUCCUGAGCGGCGGGUGUCGGGAAACACUUGGCCCCGAGAGGGCACAGUGGGAGGCCCAUCCGUUUCUGACCCGGCCCGUGGGUACCCGCCAUCUUCGCCUAGCCCUGCAGGCUUUGCGCUCCCACAGAGUCCCUCGCCCUGCUUCGACAACCUGCCACAUCGCUCCCUCACGCAGCAGCCCUUUCCUGUCGGGCCUUUCCAGACGCCUGCGCCAGUUCCCUGUCCCCCUGCCUAUCAGGUUUCAGUGCCGCAGUCGUGUAGCGUGGCGCUCGGUGGGUACCUUCAUGCUUGCAGACCCCGGAACGACGGCGAGGAUAGUUUUUACCUCCAUGCUUAUGGCGGCCUGGCGCCCCAGGGCCAGCAGCCAUCAGAACUCGGUUUUGCCAGCCCUGCGUGGAGUCCGUUCGUGCCAUCUCCUCCUGCGGGUCACGAACCUAACAUUCAUUACCCAAGCCCCACGCAAGGUCCUGCAUUUGCGCCAGGUUGGCCUGGAGUCCUACCUCUGGACCCGCCGCUGUCUCCGCGGUUAACUGGCCCGACCAAUUUGUUUCCAGCGUCUCCAGCGUAUGUCCCACCGUUUGGGUUUUUCGCGGACCAAGGUAGCCAGCAUGCAUUGCCCGGGCGCGGUGAUCCGCCCGGACAGCCAGCGCCCCUUUCGGCGGGAUUUUGGGUCAACGGCGAGACCCUCAGAAACCUGCCGCGUCGCAGGGAAGCCAGCGAGCCUCCUGGUGGCCCGCAGAACUGCGUGGGCGCCGGUUCGGGCUUCUCGCAAGAUCCUUUCUCUCCUGAAGGCGACUCGGCCGACUGGAGCAUUCCUCAGAGGGAACUGGUUGUGGAAGAGAAGAUCGGUAGUGGGGCGUCGAGCGAGGUGUUCGCAGGGACCUGGCGCGGCUCGGAAGUUGCGAUCAAGCGCGUGGUGCUUCCGGAAAACGAAUUGGCUUUUCAUGCGAUCCGCGACUUUCAGCGAGAACUGAAGAUCAUGCUCCGACUUCGGCAUCCAAACCUUGUGCUUCUCAUGGGUGCGAACCUCCACUCGCGUCCCCUCUUUGUCGUCACGGAACUCUGUGCCGGGGGCAGCUUGUUCGAUCUUCUCCACGGCGCCCACGUCGUCCACCGAGGGAGCUCUAGAAGGGCGAGUCUCUCCAGGCCGCGAUGCCCGUCAUUGUGGACACAGCGUGGCAGAGAGAGUUCGCCGGUCUGGACGAGAGAAGGGGCCAGGGCGCGAGACAGGUCGCUCCACGGGGGCCACUGUGCAGACACAAAACGGGAGGCGAGCGCGAAGGCGAAGGAACAGAGCGGACGCGUUUUCUCGGGCAUGGGAGGCCGAAAGCGGCGGGGCGUGGACAAGUCGCGGAACGCGAACGAGGCAGAGAGACAUCAGGACCUUGGAAGCGGAAGCGAUUUCACGGAACGACGGAGUCGGGCAUCUUUUUCUGCCGGGUCUGACGAGGACGCGAGCCAAGACGAAGGCAACCGCGUGGUGUUGACCUGGUGGCAAAAGGCAAAAAUCGCCUUCGAUGUCGCGAAAGGCUGUGCCUACCUCCACGGGUCGCGCCCGCCGAUCAUCCACCGCGAUCUGAAAUCCCUCAAUAUUCUUCUAACUGAAAAAAUCGUGCAUCGCCAGCAGAUCCCCCACGCCAAGGUGGCUGACUUUGGACUGAGCCGGAUUACGACUGUCGCUGAGAGCGGCCACCGCCCACCGGGGUACGCUGCCACGUCAGAUCCCGAUCCACGUUCGUCCUUCGUCGCCGAUCCUUCUCUUUUGCCUCGUUCGUCGCCUUUCCUUGGUCACAACAUGGCGGGGACGAAUCGCACGGGGAUCGUGGGGACCUACUACUGGAUGGCGCCGGAAGUCAUUGCGGCCGGGAAGUACAGCGAGAAGAUCGACGUCUACUCGUUCGGGGUCGUUCUGUACGAGUUGCUGUCAGAGUCGCUUCCCUACGCCCGCCCUGUCGAGGAGGCGUUUAGGCGGAAGACGGACCCGCGAGGGAGGAGCUUGUUGGAGCCAGGCGGGCGGCAGAACAGGCAGUGUUACAGGGCAAAGGUCCAAGAAAAGGACCCAGGGCCUCGGCGCGAGUCCUCAUGUUCUCAGUUUUCUUCACGUCACGUGUCUACCCCAGGAGAUAGAAGCAACCCAGAUUGUUCAGGUACCUCCAGCGAGGGGAGUAGGUCUUCGCGCUCGUCAGACACGUUUAGUUCCGAGGCAUCGGUCUCCCCUCAUAGCCCCAGGAGUCGAGAAAAUGAAGAACAAAAGAAAGACCACGUUCUCGUUCGGAGAGACAUGGCAGAUAUUCUGAGGGGGGAACCGGAAAGGCAACGCAUUACUAUGGCGCCUCUCUCUCCGUCAGAAGUGUGCAGAAAUGUCGUACGCGGGGAACGCCCGGACCUCACGCGUAUUCCCGCCGACUGUCCUCCUUCGCUCUUAGAACUGAUGAAAGCCUGCUGGCAUCAGAGUCCAGCUCGGCGCCCGUCCUUUCAGACGAUCACGCAGAUUCUGCGUGAAUUCCUGCAAACGCAGAAUGGCGCUGUCCCUCGAGGGUGA